AGGACGAAAAAAUGUGGUAAACCAACAAAAUUAGCUAGGGAAACAGAAAAAAGAGAGGAGAAGAGGCAUUGAGGUAACGUAGAGCUCAACAGUCACUUGCAUCGUUACGCAUGAGGUAAAGCACGUGCCGUGCACGUAGACCAUACCUCUCUAGAUCUAUUCAUAAAAUCCACUCUCCUAAUUCAUGAAAUCCCACAACAUAACCAUCCGAUAAAACAAGGAAUAUUUUCUGGCCAUUAAAAAUGUUGUUUCGCAAGAAAAAACGCGAGAGAUUACGAUCUCCAAAGCCGACGAUUAAGGGUGUUUUGAUAGCGUUUUUUGCCUCUACAGCCGCAGUAUUCCUCUUGUUGCUGGCCGGUUUAUCACUAGUUGGCACAGCCAUGGCGUUAGCCGCCUCCAUGCCGCUCUUCCUUGUAUUCAGCCCUGUUCUCGUACCAGCGGGUAUUACCGCCACCGUUCUUGCUUUAAGUUUAAUGGCUGGAGGUACCUCCGGUCUGACGGCUCUCACCAUCUUAACUUGGCUCUAUAAGCGGGAGCGUAGUCAUAGAAUACGUGAACUACAUGUGCAACAGGUCGUCUUCCUUUACCAAAAAACAAAACAAAGCAAAACAAAGCAAGAAAAAAAAAACUGAUUAUGUCUUUGGAGAAAUAAUUUGGACCAAAUAAAGCAUUCAUAUAACAUUUAUCAGUGUUCCGUUUGAACAAUUUACUUGGUAGUUUAAUGGUUCAUCAGUAAAAACUCAUGAUCGUUAGUUCGACCAUAAUU